ACUUCGCUCAUUGCUUCUGUGCAACCAACCUGUGCACCAGUUGUAACGGGAGGAGAGAUUUUGGUUUUGGACAGCUGCAAUGGAGGCGGCGCCAUUCGCUUCUCCUUCUCUACCUUCUUCUUCGAAACUUUCCGGACUCUCUUAUUUGUCCUCGUCGUCUCUCAUUUCUCUGCCCAAAAAUGACCUCCGCCGAUCAAAGUUCAAGUCUCCAAGAAACCUCUCAGUCCGGGCCUCCUCCAACUCCGAUGCUGUAGUGACUUUGCUCGACUAUGGCGCCGGAAACGUCCGUAGUGUGAGAAAUGCUAUUCGUUAUCUCGGCUUCGAAAUCAAAGACGUGCAAACUCCAGCAGACAUUCUAAAUGCAAACCGUCUUAUUUUUCCUGGGGUAGGGGCAUUUGCGGCCGCCAUGGAUGUCCUUAACAAGACCGGGAUGGCCGAAGCACUAUGCGCCUACAUUGAGAAGGAUCGCCCAUUUUUAGGCAUUUGUCUUGGACUUCAACUACUUUUUGAGUCUAGUGAAGAGAAUGGUCCAGUGAAUGGUCUUGGCUUGAUACCUGGUGUGGUGGGGCGUUUUGACUCAUCAAAUGGUUUCAGAGUACCCCAUAUCGGCUGGAAUGCUUUGCAAGUUGCAAAAGACUCUGAAAUUUUGGAUGAUAUUGGAAACCGCCAUGUUUAUUUUGUUCACUCUUACCGUGCGAUGCCAUCACAUGAAAAUAAAGAGUGGGUUUCCUCUAUCUGCAAUUAUGGUGAUGACUUCAUAGCAUCAAUCAGAAGGGGAAAUGUGCAUGCAGUUCAAUUCCAUCCGGAGAAAAGUGGAGAUGUUGGCCUUUCAGUACUGAGAAGAUUUUUGCUUCCAAAGUCAUCUAUGACUAAGAAGCCUAGGGAUGGGAAGGCAUCAAAACUUGCAAAGAGGGUAAUUGCUUGUCUUGAUGUGAGGACAAAUGAUAAAGGAGAUCUUGUUGUAACCAAAGGAGACCAGUAUGAUGUGAGAGAGCACACAAAAGAAAAUGAGGUUAGAAACCUUGGCAAGCCAGUGGAGCUUGCUGGACAAUAUUACAAAGAUGGGGCUGAUGAGGUUAGUUUUCUGAAUAUUACUGGUUUUCGAGACUUCCCUUUAGGCGAUUUGCCAAUGUUGCAGGUUUUAAGGUUCGCUUCAGAAAAUGUUUUUGUACCACUGACUGUUGGAGGUGGAAUUAGAGAUUUUACAGAUGCUAAUGGCAGGCACUAUUCUAGUUUGGAAGUUGCUUCAGAAUAUUUUAGGUCGGGUGCAGAUAAAAUUUCUAUCGGAAGUGAUGCUGUCUAUGCUGCAGAAGAAUACUUAAGAACUAAAGUAAAAACUGGAAAGAGCAGCAUAGAACAGAUAUCUAGAGUAUAUGGAAAUCAGGCAGUGGUAGUAAGCAUUGAUCCUCGCAGAGUCUACCUCAAGAAUCCUAAUGACAUGGAGUUCAAGGCUGUAAGGGUUACUAGCCCAGGUCCAAAUGGAGAAGAAUAUGCCUGGUAUCAGUGUACGGUUAGUGGUGGUCGAGAAGGUCGACCAAUUGGAGCCUAUGAACUUGCAAAAGCAGUUGAGGCGCUGGGAGCUGGAGAAAUAUUGCUGAACUGCAUAGAUUGUGAUGGUCAAGGGAAAGGAUUUGAUAUUGAUUUAAUAAAGUUGAUCUCUGAUGCCGUAUCCAUUCCUGUGAUUGCAAGUAGCGGUGCGGGUGUUGUUGAACACUUCUCCGAGGUGUUCACACAAACAAAUGCAUCUGCAGCUCUUGCUGCUGGCAUUUUCCAUAGGAAGGAGGUGCCCAUUCAGUCUGUAAAAGAGCACUUGUUGAAGGAAGGCAUAGAAGUCAGAAUCUAAAUGGCGUUUAUUGCGGAAAUAUAGAAAUGCUGCCGCUAGAGUCGUUAUUUAGGCACUCUAAACUUAUUUUUGCAACUUUAUUUCACUUUGACAUCUUUUAUAUAAUUUUUUUUAAAGAACUCGCUAUCGUAAUGAUUAAUUACAAAUUUCCAUUUGUGGUUUACAUGCAAGCUUCGGUUCGCUUCACUUCACAUCGGGGCUCGCUUGCUGUUCUAUGG